CUUAAACAGCGAGCCAUGUCUGAGCCUGCUCCUCUGCUGCUCUCUGCUCUGGAUCCUGCGGUCAGUCAUGCUCACAGAUGGAUCAACUCCUCCUGUGAUACAGCUAAGCUGGAUGUAGAGCAGAAUGGACACUGUGAAAGUGGUGAAACAGACCUGGACUGUCAGACUGCUGAUCAGAGUGAAUCUCAUAAAAAAGUCGAGGAUUUAAAUCCUUGUGCAGUUAUACUACCUCAGCAGCAAGGAGGUGAUGAUUCCCCAGAAAGAAGUAGCUGCAACCAUCUUCAGACAUUUGUGAAUGUAUCUGAGGACUCCUCUUUGGAUCUGCUAAGAAUAGUAAAACACAAACCAAGUGCCAUUGUGUUCAGAGAUUAUGAUUGUAGCCACGACAAGCAGGUAAUGCUAACUAAUCACGAUGAUGAUAGCUCUGAUGGUGGGGGUUCCUCCUCAUCCACUGCUGUAGAGGGAGAGGGGGACGAUGAUGACGACGAAGAUGACUUUCCUGAAACCUCACAAUAUAAGGAAUUCCUGGUCAGCCGUCGCCGUAGAAACCUAAGCAGGAACAGGAAGUGCUUGAGGAAGCGACAGGAUGCCCAGCCUAGCAGCUCUGUGAGUAGGGCGCAGAAGAAGAAGGAAAAACCUGAGUUCACAGGUAGCCAGGAGGAAGAGGAUACAUGGCAGAACAAUGGAGAACAGGCUGCUGCAUGUGACUCCAUGACUCUGCUGAUGAAAAAGCUGGAUCACCUCAAUGACAGGGUCCAGGAUGUCCAGGAUGCUAAAUCCUCCCUCCCAGAUGUAGCCAAAGCUGAUGAGGAGCAGAGAAGCACCAAUGGCGUCACUGCUGCAGCAAGGAUGGCAAGCAGAGCACCAAAUCAGUCUCAGGGAAUCUUCAGAGCCUCAGACAAACCCGAGCCACUGACUAGGCGUCCGUCUCGGCCUUUGACUCGCAGCAGACCACUGAUCCGCUCGUCCCUCUCUUCCCCUGUACAUCUCUAUGCUCGACGGGCCAGGGCUGCUGCAAGAAUGACCAGCGGAUCAGCAGAAAUUGAAGCUAAGGAGGCAUGUGAUUGGCUACGGGCAGCGGGAUUUCCACAGUACGCACAGCUCUAUGAAGAUUCCCAGUUUCCGAUUGAUAUUUCCUCAGUGAAAAGGGACCACGACUUUUUGGACCGGGAUCUGGUGGAGCCUUUAUGUCGGCGUCUAAAUACACUGAACAAGUGCUGCUCCAUGAAACUGGACGUCAGCCACCCGAAGAAAAAGGGUGAUGACUCAGAUGAAGAUGAUCCUCUUGCCAUCAGCAAAAGGUGGACGUUUGAGUGGAGCAGUCGGCGUUGGUCUCGGCUACAGGACUUCCUGUUGGAUGGCACCAAUGAGAGCAGCCCGACAGGCCAUGUGGAUGGCCUGCACAGCACGGUGAGCAGCGAAAGCGUCCUGACAGACCUGAGUGAGCAGGAGAUCACAGAAAUCUCCUCCCUGCACAGUGAGGACUCUGCCUCAGCGAUGCCUGACUCUUUAUCCAUGGCGUCUCUGUCUGCCUCCUACCAACCACCUCGAGAACUUCCACACUAUAACUCCCUGCCAAUCAAGAGCAGCCGCCAUGGACAUGGAGGGCGGAGUAAAGCCAAGGAGUUUCUGCGGCGCAUGGAGUUAAUGAAAACAUGGGGGCCGUCAUCAAGGCGGAAAAGCUCAAAUCGGAGGCCACCACUGGUCAUCAGUGGGCCGGUGUUACAGGGAGAGGAGCCUCAUGCUCUGCAAGUGCUCACAUGUACUCCCAUCAGCCAAUUAGAACAAGACCCCCAAACUGAUGGAGACACUUCUGCCUCUGUUAUAAAUGACUAUGAAGAUCAAUCUAUGGUGAGUGUCAGUCCAAGCAGAGAGACAGAGAAGCCUGUUGUGAAAAAGCCUGUUAGUACAAAACCAAGAACUAAUAAGAGGAGCAGCAUGUAUCUGGAGGACAUGGAGCUGCUGUCUCAGGGUAAGAGGACUGAAGGACAGAGUCAAUUUGGCAAAAAUCAGUUCCAUUCUUAUGAAAACCUCCUCAUUCACAUCCCAAAAGACCAUAAACCAGGCACCUUUCCCAAAGCUUUAUCCAUAGAGAGCCUGGCACCUUCGCCUGGUGAUGAUUACUCCCAGAAACCAUCAAAAACUUCCGCACCAAACAAUGGCGUGCAUGGACCCUGGUCUGGUAAACCCCUGUCCAAGCCCCCCUGUCCAGGAGCUCCUCGAGGCAGCAGGGUGAGCGUUUAUGACAACGUGCCAGGCUCGCACCUUUACGCCAGCACAGGAGACCUGCUGGACUUAGAAAAAGAGGACAAUCUGUUCCCUCACCUAGAUGACAUCAUCCAACACGUGAGCGGUUUGCAGCAGAUAGUGGACCACUGGAGCCGCAGUGUGCUUCCCGAGGGGGAGGCAGGGGAGGAGGAGGAGGAAGGGGAGGGCAGGACCACCCCUAGUGAAGGAGAGAGAGACGGGGUCUCCUUGAAUGACACUGAUUCCACAGGGACUAGUAGGGAGAGGCGAGACUCUGGGGUUGGGGCCUCACUGACAAGACCACGCAUACGAUGGCCCAGCUUCAGAACCUCUGAUCAUCUCAACCAACCAGCUUCUUCACUUCAGAUCAGCAGCCAAUCAGCUGGCCAGCUCAGCCUGCUACAGAAAUUCUCCUUGCUCCGCCUCACCGCCAUCAUGGAGAAAUACUCUAUGUCGAAUAAGCAUGGCUGGACAUGGUCUGUGCCCAAGUUUAUGAAGCGCAUGAAAGUGCCAGACUACAAAGAGAAGAGUGUGUUUGGUGUUCCCCUCAUCAUCCAUGUCCAGCGCUGUGGCUUUCCGCUCCCUCUGUGUUUACAACAGGCCCUGAGCCACCUCCGAACACACUGUCUGGACCAGGUGGGAUUGUUCCGGAAGUCUGGCGUGAAGUCUCGCAUUCAGGCUUUGAGGCAGCAGUGCGAGCUGUCCCCUGACUCUGUAAGCUACGAGGACCAGUCAGCUUACGACGUGGCCGACAUGGUCAAACAGUUCUUUAGAGACCUGCCAGAGCCGCUACUAACAAGCAAGCUAGGAGAAACCUUUCUGCAUAUUUACCAGUAUGUCCCAAAGGAGCAGAGGCUUCAAGCUGUCAGAGCGGCCAUUCUUUUGAUGCCGGAUGAAAACAGAGAAGUGCUGCAGACGUUGCUCUACUUCCUGCGUGAUGUCACUUCCUUGGUGGAGGAGAACCAGAUGACACCAAUGAACCUGGCUGUCUGUCUGGGUCCCUCACUCUUCCACCUCAGCAUACUGAAGAAUGAGACCCUGUCACCAAGAUCAAUCCAGAGAAAGUAUACCACAGGCAGACCUGAUCAGAAAGACCUCAAUGAGAAUCUGGCAGCCACCCAGGGCCUAGCACACAUGAUCACUGAGUGCCAGCACCUCUUUCAGAUCCCGGAGGAGAUGGUGACCCAGUCUCGCAACUCCUACAUGGAGGCUGAGCUGAUGGUGCCUCCUCUGGACGAGCUGUGCAAGGUUCACGAGGAAGAGGUGAUGGACGAGGAAGAGGAAGAUGAGGAAGGAUCAUAUCACGCUCAUCUAGAAAGGCUGGUUCAGAGCCUGCUGGAGGAGGCCAAAGAUAGGAGCAAAGGCUGGGUGUCUCGUUCAACUACUGACCACACAGAAUUAGCAUUUAAAAAGGUGGGAGAUGGUAAUCCUCUAAGGCGCUGGCGAGUUUGUGUUGAAGUGUCAGCAACACCUAGUGAAGUACUGCAGCGGCUUCUCAGAGAGCGCCCCCUGUGGCAGAUUGAACUACAGCAGGAGAAGAUCCUGGAGACCCUGGAUAAACAGACGGAUGUGUACCAGUUCUCCUGCUGCAACAUGCCACCUCACCCCAGCUGUGACUUUGUGGUACUGAGAUCCUGGCGCACAGACCUAUGUAAAGGCUCUUGUGCGCUGGUGUGCGUGUCCGUGGAACAUGAAGAUAGCCCACGCAUGGGAUCAGUGAGGGGGGUGGUGCUGGAGUCACAGUACCUCCUGGAGCCCUGUGGGAGUGGAAGGACCAGGCUCACACACAUCUCCAGAGUAGACCUCAGGGGAAGAUCUCCAGAAUGGUACAACAAAGCGUUCGGUCAUCUGUGUGUAAAUGAAGCUCAGAGUGUCCGUUCCUCUUUUCAACCUGUCGGAUCAGACGAGCACUGAUGGGAAAGACCUGAACCCAGGAAAGCAGGCUUUAUCUGGAUCACAGUGCUGGAGCAGCUGGGCCAGAAACAUCUGAUCCAGGAUGGGAUUCAUUCAGGAAGAGGACUUGGAGUGUCUUUUCAUGCUGCUGCUGUGUACUGUACUGAGUCACAGUCAUUCACACACUUGUGAUAGAGAUCAUUUCUGUGAUUAACUCCAAUAAUUCUUCAGAUGACUCUUUUAACAUCACAUAACUACUUAUUUGCCUCAUAAACUAAACUGUUCUAAGUCAAUAUGACAUUAUUGACAGGUGGACUUUGGUUCCUUUAUUAGAUAUGAAACAGAUAAACAGAUUUCUGUGAUAUAUUGACUGAAAAUAUCUUCAUGAUUUAUUUAUUUAUUUUCACACAUCCUCAUCUACUACUCCAAUGUCUUGCCAAUAUUCAACCUAAUCCAAAGUCUGGUUCCUGCUUAUGAUCCUUGGGUCCUAGUUAUUUUGUCUCACAGUAGUAGGAGUUGUUAUUGUGGCAGUACAAAAUACAUGUGAUAAUAACAGAUUCCCAAUCUGAUCAUAUGCCAGUAUUAGACAGCAUUACAUAAAGUUACUAACAAUACAAUUUUCUUAAUGUCAGAUGCCUUUAAAAGAUAAUGUUUUCAACUAGCCCUUCAACCAGCACUGACUGGGCUCUUACACCAUCCCACAAGUCAGGGUUUAGCGCUGGUUGGGUUUGUGGCACAGCCACAAAAUGGGCUACUGCCAUGAUGCCUAUCAGAGACAUGAAGGUUAAGAUGGGAUAUCCCAUUUUAGUCCUACAAGGGGAAAUUCCACAAAUUAAGAGCAGCAAAAGUUAAACAGCAAUGAAACUGAUCCAGUGAUAGGCCACCUUUAAAAAAAAAUCUCAUCCUGCCUCCUUUAAACAGUGACAGAUUGAAAAAAAAACUAGUGCUGCCAAAAAAUUUUCACAGGUAUGAAAAAUGUGAUUAAAAAAUGUAUUCUUAUUAAUCGCAUACUGAUGCUAUCACACAACUGGCUGAAGUAGCUUUACAACUUUAACUGGAACACAUGACACAUUUUUGUGCUCUUAAUUUUGAUAAUUUUAUGUAUAAAAUCCAUAUUCUACAGAUAAAAAAAAAAUCCUAGAUUGUCUAGGAUGUCAAGUGGUCAAUCUGCCCUCGGUCUUGACUUCUCUUUUUCAAAAAUGUUGAUGCCAUUCAGAAGCCUAUCCUUUCUGAUUGUUUUGUUAAUGCUGUGUUUAAAUCUACAAGUCAUACAAUCUUUUAUAAAUUAUCAACAUGUGAUUAUUUGUGAUGAAUUAAAUACAAAGCCUUUAAUCAAUUAGAUUGAUUUUUAAUUGACUGACGACAAAACAUUUUUUAACAUGGCAGCUGUGUCAGGGAUAAAAAUUUACUGACUAGAAAUAGUCAUUCUUUCAGCUUAAUAUUUAUUUAGCUUUUUAGCUUUUAAUUAGAUACCAGAAUGAAUAUCAAUCUGUUUUAUUACCAUGUUAAAACAUGCCAAAGUAGCUUUAACUUAUAUUUGAAGAAGUUAAAUUGUGCCUUCUGCUAGUAAAGAUGCAGAAAUCCCGUGUUUCCAGUGUAUAGAAAUGACUUGGAACAGUACAGUAUGACUACAUGUCAGCAUCACAUUGUGUAUUACAUUAUGAAAAACACACUCGACCAGGAACAUGUACAUGAGGAAUCUUGAUCGCAGAAAGGAAACACUCAUCGGGUCCAUCAAUGUGCUUUAUCCCUGUUAUCGAUAAAUUGUGUUGAAUAUCACUGUUCAGUUCUCUGUCACUAUUUUCAGUGUUAAACUUAUCUAUUUUAAAGUUUUUAAUGCCAUUAUUAUGAUGUAUAUGAUAUCACUGUUACAUUUUUAUUUUAAUUUGUUGCUGUCAUGUUAUACUAUGUCUAAGACAUGUGACCAUUUCACUGCUUCUGGGAAGCAUGUUUGAAAAUGUGUGCGUGCGUUUGUGUGCAUGGAAGUGCCCGUGUAUCUGCAGUUUAGAUACGUACCACCUGUAUUGUAAAUAUAUACAGUAUGACGCUUUCUGUGCCAGCAGAUAAAACAUCAGAGCUUUUCAGGGUCCUCCUAUCAUAUUGAUAAGCUGAAAUGUGAAUUUUUUUCCACAAAGAAUCCUACUAAAGCAAUAGCAGAAAAAGCUUCCUUUGCCAUGGUGCUGCCUUGGCUUUUAUUUAUGUUUCAGCUGUAGGCAGUGUUGCUUUGGUGUUGCUAUGAUACAAUAUCUCAACAGUGCCACCAAUUUCCUGAGUGGAGGCUGUUUGCUGGGGAACAGUGUGGCUGCGUGUGUGUAUGAGAGUUGAAAAGAACGACAAAGACUGAAUGAGCGACUGUGACAUGAGCCCUCGGCGACAAUGUGAGGAGAGGCUCCAAACUUAGCAAUAGAGCAGGGUGAAUUGUGUUUGAUUAUUUCUGACAAAGGGACAGGAAACAGACCUUUGUUACUAAAGAAGAAAA